AUGCCAGAUCGAUGCUGUGUCCCAGGAUGCCAGUCAAAUUAUGACAAAGCUGGAACGUACGUUUCUGUUUUUAAAUUUCCAAAAGACGUUGAAAAGAAAAGUAUAUGGUGCAAGAAGAUUCCACGAAGAAACUGGUCGCCAUCUGCAAGAAGUGUUGUGUGUGAAAAACAUUUCAUUCAAUCGGAUAUUAUAAGAAUUGACGAAAUAUCAGACAAAGAUGGUACUAUCUUAAAAGUGCCAAGAAAAUGUCCAAAACUGAAGGAAGAUGCUUAUCCGUCUAUAUUUCCUAAUUGCCCAAAAUACCUGACGGAAAACAAACCUACUCCAAGAACAAGUAGAUCUGAAAAACUUGCAAAAUCAGAUGAAAUUGCAUUUCAGCAAUUUUUAGAUAAAGACCGAAUCAAAAGUUUAUUGAUUUUUGUGAACAAUUGGAUCUACGGAUAA